CCUCCAAGAUGUCCCCUAUUGCUGCAAUCUUUUGAGUUCCGGAGCCUGAAAAUUGGUCGUCUGCCCUCACUCCUUCCUGCCGCACAUUGGCUUCUACUGCUUUGGCGCCACAGAUGAGCAAAGUUCCACGAACAUUACAGAUUAAAUUUAAAUUCGAGGAUUCCAACAGAUCCGAAGCACAAGGUGACCCGUUUAGAACCGGAUCUUCAAGAAGCGCCUGCUGUGACUCGAUUUUCGCCAAUUGGAAAGGACACGCACGCGCCGUAGAGCUGGGGGCACGGCGAAGCUGAUGAAGGCGUGGCUUCUGCCCAAACGCAAGAUGGCCGCAGGGGCCGCCCUCCCUCGUCCGCGGGCGAGGAGCUCAGAACGCCAUUGGUGGAGCUUCCCACAGCUCAUCUUCCGGGGAACGGGAAUACAGAGUCCCAAUUUCCGGUUCCGACAGGACCCGGAGCCCGGUCGAGAUGGAGGAAGAUGUGGCCCGAGGCCGGCAGUCGCCGGGAGCAAUGGAUCGAGCGGAAGCUGCGGCCUAGGGGCCUCGGCUUGGACUUCUCCUCGGACGCGGCGGGACCGCCCUGAGCUGAGAAGGGCUUCGGGCACCAUGGAGGACAAACGCAACAUCCAGAUCAUCGAGUGGGAGCACCUGGACAAGAAGAAGUUCUACGUGCUGGGCGUGGCGAUGACGAUGAUGAUCCGCGUCAGCGUCUACCCGUUCACCCUCAUCCGCACGCGGCUGCAGGUCCAGAAGGGCAAGAGCCUGUACCAGGGCACCUUCGACGCCUUCGUCAAGAUCCUGCGGGCCGACGGCGUCACCGGCCUCUACCGGGGCUUCCUGGUCAACACCUUCACCCUCAUCUCAGGCCAGUGCUACGUCACCACCUAUGAGCUCACCCGGAAGUUCGUAGCUGACUACAGCCAGAGCAACACAGUCAAGUCGCUGGUGGCCGGUGGCUCGGCCUCCCUGGUGGCCCAGAGCAUCACGGUGCCCAUCGACGUGGUCUCCCAGCACCUGAUGAUGCAGCGCAAGGGCGAGAAGACCAGCCGCUUCCAGGUGCGAGGGGGCCCCGAGGGACAGGGCGUGGUCGCCUUCGGCCAAACCAAGGACAUCAUCAGGCAGAUCCUGCGGGCCGACGGCCUCCGGGGCUUCUACCGAGGCUACGUGGCCUCCCUGCUCACCUACAUCCCCAACAGCGCCGUGUGGUGGCCCUUCUAUCAUUUCUAUGCAGAGCAGCUCUCCCACCUCUGUCCCAAGGAGUGUCCUCACAUUGUCCUUCAAGCCAUGUCAGGCCCCCUGGCCGCGGCCACUGCUUCCGUCCUCACCAAUCCCAUGGAUGUCAUCCGGACCCGAGUGCAGGUUGAGGGCAAGACCUCCAUCAUCCUGACCUUCAGACAGCUCAUGGCAGAAGAGGGCCCUUGGGGCCUCAUGAAGGGGCUCUCAGCCCGAAUCAUCUCGGCCACGCCCUCCACCAUUGUCAUCGUGGUGGGCUACGAGAGCCUCAAGAAGCUCAGCCUGCGCCCGGAGCUGGUGGACUCGAGACACUGGUAACCCGAGGUGGGACAGAAGCCUGCCGCUUCCUACACUGUGCGGGGUCGGGCAGAGCCGGGGGCGCACGCUCUCCGAGUCCCCCUGCCACACAGCGGCCUGCUCGGGCCAGGGACAGAGACUGACCUGCCCCGGCUGCGGAGGCCCGGCUCCCGUCGAUUUGAAUUUUCUGGCCAAACUGGGCUCCCUCACACAGUCCCUGUCCUCGGUCCUGCCCUGAGGAAACCCCCCUCCCCGCCGAGCCCCUGGCACCCCUGUCCCGCUGGCCCUUUGCCCGACUGCCCUGCACCCGCGACCCCGAGGUCUGAGAAGAGCUGCGCGGAGAGCUGGCUCACCACCCGGGGCCGUGCUCCCGGGCCGCAGCCCUCGCCUGCUGCUCAUUUCUGCUUUGGGCCUGAGCGGCCACCAGACUACUCUGCUCUUCCUGCCGCCGGGGGCAAGCUGCCCGGCUCUUCCGCGUGGGGAGUAGAAGCAGCAGACGCCACUGGCCCUCCGGAGCGUGCGCCCUCCCUGGAGGGGUGUUAGGUUGAGGAGAAAUGCCGACACUACAGCUUGGUGUACGUAUUGUUAGCGCCCGUGAACUGGGCCACUCUCUUUGCCCUGCUAACGCGCCCAUCCUGCAGUCAGAGCCACCCUUCCUCAUGGUGUGAAA